UUCACGAUCCGGAAGUGCUAUAUUUCAAGGUCGGUCAUGCAGACGAUGGAAGUGUGCACAAACUUGCAUAAGGUGAUUUUUGGAGGGUAGACAUGAGUGUCCUAAUUGGUGGUGGCAGCGGUUUCAUUGGAAGACAUUUAACCAGACUUCUCAUUGAAAAUGGCUACAAAGUCACAGUUGUGUCAAGACAGACUGGACCUGACAAGAUCACCUGGAAUGAUUUGAAUCGUAACGGCCUGCCAGAAGGAUGCACAGCCGUUGUCAGCAUGGCUGGGGAAAAUAUUCUCAACCCCAAGAAAAGAUGGACACCAGAGUUCAAGGAAGAGGUUUAUAACAGCCGGGUCUCCAGCACCAAAGCACUGGCAUCAGCCAUCUCUGCUGCCAGCAAGGCUCCAGAAGUGUUCAUUUCUAUGUCAGGAGUGGCCUACUACCCACCAAGUGUGACUGCUGAGUACACGGAGGACAGCCCGGGCGGCGACUAUGACUUCCUGUCUCGACUGACGACGGACUGGGAGGCGGCUGCCAGACUACCAAACUCCAUCAAUGUCCGACAAGUCACUGUCAGAUCAGGUGUGGUUCUUGGUCGUGAUGGUGGAAUGGUUCAGCAGAUGUUUGUACCCUUCUUCCUGGGAGUGGGAGGACGGGUAGGAUCAGGAUCCCAGUGGUUGCCAUGGAUACAUGUGGCUGAUAUUGCAGGACUGUUCACACACGCGAUAUUAAACCCCAAUGUAAAGGGAAUAUUGAAUGGAGUGGCCCCUGAAGCUGCCACCAACAGUGACUUUACCAAAGCCUUUGCCAGUGCCAUGUGGAGGCCUGCCUUGUUUCCUGUGCCUGGUUUCGUCAUGAAUUUUGUAUUUGGGGAAGAAAGGGGUAAGGUCAUUUUGGAGGGUCAGAAAGUGUUGCCCAAAAGGACUUUAGAAAGUGGGUAUGAAUUUGUGUAUCCGGACCUUAAGUCUGCAUGCACAAACUGUGCACAACUGGUUCAUGUUUGAAUUGUCAACAAAAACAAAGAUGUCUACAGCAAUUAAGGCUAAUCAGUGUAGUAAUUAGGCAUGAAAGUCUAGAGGUCCUUGUCUUAACCCUACUGUUAAUGUUUAGGGGGUCCCUGGAUGCAAAUAUUUCAGCAGCAAACCUUGGGGAUCCCAGGAGCCCCCUUUCAAUUUCAAACACUCUAACUCAAAGAACUCAGAAGCAGAAGAGCCCAACUGGAUAAUCAAGUGUCAUAGAAAACUACUGGACCAUCUCACAGGCAAUAAUUUCUGACUUGAUGUUCAGUUAGCCCAUAGAGGUAUUUGUGAUUCACUACACACAUUACUGAGUGCCAAUAUGAGGAAACACUAGCAGAAAGAUCAGUUCCCAUUCGUCAGGGGUGGGAGAACUAGCCUGAAAGGCUAAGAAUCUUUCCUGUUAUUUUUUAAAGCUGGUCUGUCAAUUUUGAAAACAUUGGUAUUCUUGUGUGAUGGGAUCUUUUUAGGUUAACACAACUAAACCUAUUUUGUAGGUUCCGGUAUUAUGAACCGACAGUUUAAGUAGGUAGUGGUAAUCUCAUACUGAAUUGUUUCAUGAGUCAAGAAUUGUCGUAUUUGGUCAUGUUGGUCAGUAAUUUUCUACAGCGUGUUUGGUACAAAUGUAUGUUUCAGAGGAAUUUUGAUGAAGCUGUAUAUUUGAGUUGAUUAAAGCGUAUAUUGUACAA